AUGCUUUCUUCAAUUGCACGACGUACCGCACCAAGGGUGGCCCUCAACAGGCGCCUUCUUUCCACGACACCCUCUCGUCGCUCAGAUGCUCUGUUUGUGCACCGGGAUACUCCCUACAACAACCCCAAGAUUCCCUUCGAGUUCGAUGCCGCGAACAUGAAACGGGCACAGGAAAUCAUCGCGCGCUACCCUCCCCAAUACAAGAAAGCAGCCGUCAUCCCCCUCCUCGACCUCGGACAACGGCAAAACAAGGGCUGGACAAGCAUUAGCGUCAUGAACUACGUUGCCAAGCUCCUCGAAAUGCCAGCCAUGCGCGUGUACGAGGUGGCGACCUUUUACACCAUGUUCAACCGUGAACCUAUUGGCCAGAACUUUAUCCAACUUUGCACGACGACACCUUGCAUGCUGUGCGGUUCUACCAACAUCCUCAACACUAUCUCCGAGCACCUUGGUGGAAUCAAGCCCGGUCAGACGACGAAGGACGGAAAGUUCACUCUUGUUGAGGUUGAGUGCCAGGGAGCGUGCAGCAAUGCACCUAUGAUGGUCGUCAACGAUGACUACUACGAGGACCUGACUCCCGAAUCCACUAAAAAGAUUCUCGACGCCUUUGCUCGUGGUGAAAAACCCAAGCCUGGUCCUCAGAGCAGCAGACAUACCAGCGAGAACUCGGCGGGCCUGACUAACCUUACUGGCAAGCCAUACGGCCCAGGUGAAUUCUGCCUACCAGAAUUCCAGUAG